AUCAAGAUAUUUUUCCUUUGGGUCAUACCUUGCUUCAUGGAACUCUCAGGCUGUAAGAUCCACAUUCAUUGAAUAUUUCAAAGAUCGGGGUCAUGUGUUUGUGCCAUCAUCCAGUGUCAUCCCUCAAAAGGGUGAUGGAACAUAUUUCACUAAUGCUGGAAUGAACCAGUUCAAGCCUCUGAUUCUUGGAGAAUUAGAUCCAAGAAGUAAAUUUCAAAACCUUGUCCGUGCGGCGAACAGCCAGAAAUGUAUCAGAGUUGGGGGGAAACAUAAUGACCUUGAUGAUGUGGGAUAUGACUUUACCCAUCAUACCUUUUUUGAGAUGUUGGGUAAUUGGUCAUUUGGUGAUUAUUUCAAGGCGGACGCAUGUCAGAUGGCCUAUGAGCUACUGACCAAGCAUUAUGGAAUUCCUGCUGAUAGAUUAUACUUCACAUAUUUUGCUGGUGAUGAACAAAUGAACUUACAACGUGAUGAUGAAUGCAAGAAUGUGUGGCUUUCUUUAGGAAUACCUGGCUGUCGAGUUUUGCCAUUUGGAGUGAAGGAUAAUUUCUGGGAGAUGGGGUUGAUGGGGCCCUGCGGGCCUUGUACAGAAAUCCACUUUGAUCAGCUCGGCAACAGAGAUGCAAGCUCAGAGGUCAACACUGGAUCACCCAAUGUUGUAGAAGUAUGGAAUUUGGUCUUUAUGCAGUAUAACAGACAGAAGGACCAGUCAUUGCAACAGCUGAGAACCUUCCAUGUUGAUACAGGCAUGGGGUUGGAGAGAAUGACUGCUAUCCUCAGUGGCACUGCUGACAACUACAGUACUGAUCUCUUCCUGCCGCUGUUUGAAAUCAUCCAGAGGUUUUCUGGUUGCCCUAAGUAUGAGAGCAACACAGAGAUGAUAAAUACUAGUUACAGAAUUCUGGCAGAUCACACUAGGAUGUUUACAGUGGCUAUGAGUGAUGGUUUGAUGCCAAGUUAUAACAAUUUAGGGCACAAGCUACGAACAGUCAUGUAUCGCUGUCUGCAUCUGUGUCGAAAUAUGUUUCAUUUGGAGCCUGAAGUUCUGUUGCCACCGCUGAUCUCUGCAGUAUGCCAGUCACUAGGCAGCACUUACCCAGAAUUACUUGACAGUGAAAAACGGGUUGUUGAUGUAGCUAAGGCUGUCAUUGAAUACCAUGAUCGGCAGAAAGAUCAAGCAAACAAAGUUUUUAACAAGAUGUUAUCCAGAAGUUCACAUGGAGGUCAGUUGUCUGUGGAAACCAUAUUAGCCCUGGAGAAAGGAACAUAUGGCAUCCCAAUGUCACUGGAGCUGAUAUCUGAACUAGCCACAGCACAUGGUUUAACAUUAGAUAUGGGAGGCUAUGAGAACUUACUUCAGGAUAGAAAGGUGAACACUGCCUCAGAUCCAGUUGUUGCCUCCAAAGAUCUGGCCAGCAGUCUUGUCACUGAUUUGAUCUACCACCAAGUUCCUCAGACUGAUGACAGUUUCAAGUACCACUACACAUCUGUGGGUGAGAGGCAAUAUGAUUUCACCACAAUGAGCAAAGUAGCAUCACCCAGCUGCAUUCAAGGCAUCAGCAGCAAUGGAGAAGUGAUCUUCAAACUUGAGGAGGGGGACCAAGGUGAGGUCAUUCUUGAUCGAACUUGUUUCUAUGCCGAGUCAGGUGGACAGGAAGGGGAUACAGGCAAGCUAGUAUCUGAGACAGGAGAAUUUGAUGUCCUUGAUGUUCAGUGCUGCAGAGGCUAUGUUGUUCAUUAUGGUCAUGUGACCAAGGGCUGCAUGAAGAUUGGUCAGAAUGUUGACCUGACGAUUUCACAGGCAAACAGAGAGGGUUGUAUGCGGAACCACACAGCCACUCACCUGGUUAACUCGGUUCUGGCAGAAAUGAUACCUUCCACCCAGCAGCAGGGGUCAUCUGUGAGCCCGUACAAACUGACCUUAGACUUCCAUGUCCUGACGUCAGUUGAUACAACCCUCAUUAACAAAAUAGAAAGAGACCUAAGGCACACAAUCAAGAGAGAACUCCCAGUGACUAGAAAUGUGAUGCCUCUCAACCUUGCUUUAAACUUACCUAAACUGAAGAUGUUGCAGAAUGAGGAAUAUCCAAGUGAGGUGUCUGUGAUAACAAUUGGAUCACAGGAUGAGGAAGUCAUCAGUAGAGAGCUGUGUGGGGGAACGCAUGUGAUAAAUACAUUUGAUUUGGAAGAUUUCUGCUUGACUGGCCUCACCACCAGAUCCCAGAAUGUGAAACGGCUGACUGGAGUCACUGGAUACGAGGCACAGCAGGCACAUAGUCAAGGAAGUCUUGUUCAGUCAAUGUGUUCCCUGCUGCAGAAUUUGAUAGACAGGACAGAUGUGCCAGACACAGAUUUAGAGAAAAUCAAAGUUAAUCUUCAGAAGACUGUCAGACUUGUUGACUCCAGAAUAGAGAGGCACCACAAUAGUCUGACCUGUAACAGUGAGAAUAAAGCAAGACUGAGACAUUUGAUUGAGGAGAACACAAAGGCCAAAAAUUUACUUCAAGCAUUGGAUGACACCAUUGAUGACCUCAUACAGGCAUCCAUUGACAAAGAGGACAUUAUGAAACAGCUUGUGCGCUUCAUUCACAAGGCAAAGCAACUGGAGCUGAUACCAAAAGCUGUGAGGGAUAAUGCUCAUGUUUGUUUAGAGAACUUGGAGUACAAAGUGGCAGAAGCAGCAAAUAAGAGGGCCAUUGGAUUGUUGCAGGAGAUGUUACAGAAAGAAGUAGAUUCCUCCGCAGCCACAGCUCCAUUAAUUUUACAAGUAGAUCAUGUGGAUAUUAGUCCUAGACAGAUGGUCAAAGCUGUUUCACAGAAGGCCUGGAGCAAGGCAGUGGUUCUUGUACACAAAUCUAGCAGUAUUGUUAAUGUGGUGGUCAGCCUUCCAUUAUCUGUGGUCAAGCAGCAGACAGAGGGAGAGCUAGACAAGAUUUUGGAAUCAUUGCAAUGUUUCGGAACCACCAGGGGCAAAUUGUCUUUAGAGAAGAAUGGUGUUGCCGUGUAUACAGUCAGCAUUCAGCAGACAGAGACUGACAGUCUUAGUGUCAUACACAGACUGCAUGAUCAGGGGCUGUUUGGCAGAUAA